UGAGAAGACGAGAAAUCGCUAGAUGUAAACACAGCAGAUUGUGUCGUUUUGGUUUCCCUCUUUCUUAAAACCAAAAUGUACUCUUUAUGCAUCUUCCUUCUCGUUUCUUUUUCUAUAAACACCCUUUCCACUGCACAGCUCGUCGUUAAUGUAAAAACACAGGGUGGCGAAGUAUUCAAAGAAACCAUCACAGCAAACAUAUCGGAUGAUUCGGUGGUGCUGGAAUUUCCUCAGAGUGAUGGCACUUACGUCACGCAGCUCAUUGACUUUAAGCAGGAGCUGCAGAUCUUCAAGGUGAUUGUCUUGGGAGAGGAGGAAUUAGGACAGAGUCAGUUCCAAGUCAUGUGCUUCAUUAUGAGGUUCUUUAAGAAUAAUUUCAUAUCUUCAGAUGCCAUGUCUAAGUUAAGACAAAAAAAUCCUGGCACAGUAAGAUCACCAGAAGAAGACCGUGGCACUGAAGAAGUUGAGAUGGACGUGAGUGUGGAUGUUGCCGGAGCAGGUAUUCUGUCCCCACACAUCCCUCACAUGUGUGCAUUGGCCAGCACAUCUACUUAUGCCUCUGACAGAGACAUUAAACUUUGGGCAACACAAAGAAGAGAAUUAGAUGGUGAUUGGUCUCUAGUUAGCGAUGCAACACACCACCUCCCAACAAGAGGUGUUGCUCGCUGUGCCGACGGGGGUCGAGAUCUCUCCAGCCCUUGUGCCUGUCAUUAUCAAGUGUGCAUUGCUUGGUAUCCCUGUGGCCUGAAAUACUGCAAAGGAAGAGACAACUCCGGUAAAGCUGUGUCCUACCGUUGUGGGAUCAGAACCUGUCGGAAGUGCCGUAAUUUCAGCUACUUUGUACCACAACGUCAGCUCUGCCUGUGGGACGACUAAUGUGGUUGCAUGUGUGAUAGCCUUACCAGUAUGAUAAAAACAUUGGAUUUUUGAUAUACUGACUUGUGAAGGGUUUUAUGAGCCGAUCACUCAAUAUUGCUGAUUUAUAGCAUUUUGAGUGCAACAUGGUUUUCUUUUAUUAACACUGGUUCUUUGAUUAUAACUUGUAUCAAAGUUUUGACAGACAGGGAAAAAACCCAGUGCAGUAUUGUUUGUGAAAUACUCAGAAUCUAUUAUUUUUUAAGGGCAAGUAAACACAUAGAUUUCAUGACUUGUUGCCAUAAUUACCAUGUUUUUGUAUCAGUAUGUGUGAAUAUGUAUUCGGUAAUGCUUGAAAUCACCAAUGUUAUGUGUAUUCUAAUUGACAAUCUCAUUUGUAGAGAUAGGCUUUAACAAAUAGUUUGAUAAUAUAUUAUAAUACUAAGAUUUAUGUAGAAGCAAGUGAAAGCAAAAAAAAAAUGUUUUAAUUGUGUUUUACAUUUCACAUUUUGAUUGCCAUAUCUGUGCCAUAUAUUCUCCAGGAAUUUUUCUUCUUUAUUCACUGGGGAAAACAGAUAGUUCCUUUGUUUUUAUUCCUAGAAAAGUCUUUGAUGUAAUGUCUUUGUGUUUUUUUCUUUAUAAAUCUUUGGUAUAGAACUAUAAAUUUUGUUUUUUAAUUCUUUGUUAAUAAAACAAGUGCAUUUUCCUGUAUAGCCUUACUGCUUGACUAUGUUUUUUUAUAAUGUGUAUAGGAUUAACAUAGAAAAAAAUUAAAAUUGUCUAUAAAAGUUUACUUCUACAGUGCACAUAAAUAAGGUUUAUUUAAUUUUGUAAAUAGUUUGAGCAUAUUGGUUAUUAGCAUUUUGUUUUAUACUUUUUAUAUGUACAGCAGGUGACUAUUAGUUACAUGCCAUGUGCCAUAAGCUUUUUAAUUAGCUACUUUUGUAAACUAUUUUUUUUUUUUAUAAAUAUAAGUUUAUGAGUUUUCCCAGUCCAUUUUUUGUGGAGAUUAUAUAUUAUAUAUAUACAGUUUUACUCAUGCAUAUCAAAGUAUAUACAUACAAACAGAAAGCAGAAGCAGCUGCUGUUUUUUUUAUAGCACUAUAAGAAAUUGUGAAAGUCUGUGAAUUAAAAUAUUUCUUAAAAGUGGAAAGAAAUAAAGAAGUACUGUAAAACACUCUUUUUUUCCUUUUAUAUCUCAUGGUAAUUGCUGGUAAUGAAACCCUGAAAAUAUUAUAAGUUACAAAAAGUUUUUAAAAUGUCUUUCAGCAUAAAAUGGAAGUAAUAUGCUGCUUCGUAGGAAUUGAGUCACAGAUUCUGUGUAAAGCAACGUUCUAGCAUUCUAUUAAUCAUAAACCUGAAGCAUCUGGAUUUGCCAGGCUGUUUGAAAUAAUCCUCCGUAGAGGCGUGCAAGAAGACUUAAAAUGUCUUAGCUUAUUUCUGUUGCAAGGAAGUCAAGAUUUGCCAGGCCCAUUGCAGAUUGGAGUUUCAUGCCAAUGGAGUGACUGCAGUGGAAGAAAUCCUUAGUUUCUUACAUGUGAGAUACGGGAUGAGUUCCUGCUGUGACAGUGCUUUAGAUUCUCCUGUCCUCUGCAUUGCCCACUGUGAGUUUACUUGUUUAAUUGUUUUCACGUAUAGAUGGCUAAAUUUGUACUUGUACUGUCUAUCUCGCCUGUUUACCCUUUUCUUUAAUUUACGAAAAUAUUUUACGUUCUCUUAUUUUGCUGUUUCUAAUGUUUGUAACAUUAGAGUAAUUAUGAUAGCACUAGUAAAAAUACAUUUUCCCGCCAAUUCAAGUAAAGGUGAAAUCAGGUAAGGCAGAGCCAUCUUGUGUAGAGACAUUUCACAAAAAAUGUAAAAAAUGAGCACAGCAUUUUCCCCAUUUUCUGUUUAUUUUUACCCAGCGUGAAUGGGUUAAGUACUACAGAACAGUGUUUUUGUAAUAGUGCUUUUAAAUCAAAUAUUGUUGCUUCAUUCUGAAUCUAAAAGUACCAUGAACAUUGUUACAUUGUAACCAAAUCAAUUAUGUAAUAUCUGGGUAACUAAAAUGAAAGUUAGGAGCACAAAGAAUUUCUAAACUCUCAAAUGCAGAGAAAAAUGAAGGGAAUAAACCAUUUAAAAAGCCCACUUGCUUUCUAAAUUAAAAAAUUGUCAACUAUUCACCAUUAGGCUAACAAAUCUUAGUUAAUAGAAAUCUUCAUGGUGAUAUAUAUAGUAAAUUUGAUUACUUGACAAAAUUAAAGUUAUUUCAUAGACAUUUACUUUUACAAAUCUUACAAGUUUUGCAUACAAGAUACAACCAUUUUCAUUAGCAUUUACUUCCAUCAAUUAAUAAUGUGCAAUCAUUAUUGAUCAGGUUAAGGUUUAAAUGACAACUUUUUCCAGUUCUAGUUUACAGUAUGACUCCCCAGUGGGUCCUAAUAAAGGAGGAUAUACUGUAUAAGAUAAUCACUCAUCCAUGGGUCCUAAAAGGAUAAAAAAUCCCUGAACAGUUUUGAACUUUUUAUUUCAUUUCCAUACAAAAUUUCUCUCAAACUGGAAUGUGACAGCUCAAACAAGACUAUAAUUUCUCUAUUUGGAAAAGAAAAUAAAACUUCAUACCACACAUACAAUGGUAAAGUAAAAUAAAGAGAAUAUGACUCCAAUAAAAAAAAAAGAAAAAUGAAACAAUAUUCAUUUCACUAUAUUGCUACAGGUGAGCUGCAACUACGAUAAAUAAGGAAUACUUUUCAUAUAUAUGAAUUUCUUUUUCAUAGAAUAACAUUAUUUAAAUACAUUUUAUACUGCAUAAUGUAUAACACUUAUAUCUGUAUAAAUUGUACUAUAAUAAGCUUACAAAUUAGUAAAAUAUGAAAAAAGCCUGGAUGGAUAAUUUUUCUUUGAUAUUGUAUCUACGCCUUUAGUUUUCAGUAAAACAAAAAUGUGAUGUGUAUUGAAAAUGUGUCAAUUUGGAAAUGAGCCAAUGGUGCUACUCAUCAGCUUGCAUGAAAAUAUUUCUUCCUGGUUUCAGUGAGAACUUUAAGCAUUUUCUCUGGCCUUGAGACUUAGCUUCAUUAUUACCAGUUCCUAUGCAAUGAAAUAAAAAUUGUAGCAACCUAUUGGACAAGUGAUACAUAUCUGAUUUCAUUCUUUUUUACGUUCGUUUCUUUGCCUAAGACACGGCAGUUGUAAAAAUUCCUGUUCUAGACAUACCACUGCCAAUACAUUUUUUUCUGUUUUUAUUUUUAUAUAUAAAAGAAAUCCUCCCCGCUAUCAUUUACUGGAACAUAUUAGAAGCAUGAUGAAUUAUGUUGAACUACUU